CCAGGCCGCUGGGCCGCCGCCAGCCUCCGAGCUCGGGAGGCCCCGGAGGCGGGGCCCAGGCCCCGGGGCAGCCUCUGGCGCCGCCUGUGCCGCUGCUGCGGGCCCUGCUGCGGCCGCUCCUCCGCGGGGCCCUGGGAGCCCGACUCACGCGAGGCCCCGGCUCGGCGCGGCCUGCAGGCCCCGCGGCCUGGGCAGCUGGUGCCGCGGGGCCUCGCCAUUGGCUGCCCGCGGGACGCCGCCGCCCACCACACGGCCGACUUCCGGGCGCCGGUGCCGGUGCUGCGGCGGGGGCAGGGCUUCGCCGUGCGCCUCCUCCUGCCCCGCCCCCUCGACCGCGACCGCGACGGCCUCUGCCUGGAGCUCACCUUGGGCCCCACCCCCCAGGUGGCCAAGGGCACUCACGUCCUCAUCCCAUUGGGCGAGAGCUCGGCCACCGGUUGGACGGCGGAGGAGGAGGAGGGGGAGGAGGAGGAGGGGGCGGAGCCAAGCGGAGGCCACGCCCUCCGCCUCCGCGUCACGGCCCCGCCCCACGCCCCCAUUGGCCGCUACCGGCUGAGCGUGCGCACGCGCACCCAGGAGGGCGGGGAGUACGCGGCGCCCUUCGACGAGCGCAAUGACGUCAUCAUCCUCUUCAACCCCUGGUGCCCCGAGGACUCGGUGUUCAUGGAGCCCACGUCGGACCUGGCCGAGUACGUCCUCAACGAGAGCGGGCGCAUCUUCUACGGCACCGAGGACCAGAUCGUCGAGCGCUCCUGGAACUACGGGCAGUUCGAUCAGGGGGUGCUCGACGCCUGCCUCUUCAUCCUGGACCGCCGAGGGAUGCCCCACAGCGCCCGGGGGGACCCAGUGAUGGUGGCCAGGGUGGUGUCGGCCAUGGUGAACUCUCUGGACGACAACGGGGUGCUGGUGGGGAACUGGACGGGGCGCUACGAGCAGGGCACCAACCCGUCGGCAUGGGCGGGCUCGGUGCAGAUCCUACGGGGUUUCCUCAGCACCGGGGCGCCCGUGCGCUACGGGCAGUGCUGGGUGUUCGCGGGGGUCGUCACCACUGUGCUGCGGUGCCUGGGGCUGCCCACGCGGACGGUGACCAACUACAACUCGGCGCACGACACCGACGUCUCCCUCACCACCGACAUCUACCUGGACGAGAGCAUGAAGCCCAUGGAGCGCCUCAACACCGACUCCGUUUGGAACUUCCACGUGUGGAACGACUGCUGGAUGAAGAGGCCCGACCUCCCCGCAGGCCACGAUGGGUGGCAAGUGGUGGAUGCCACCCCCCAGGAGACCAGCAGUGGGCUGUUCUGCUGCGGGCCCUGCUCCGUGGAGGCGGUGAAGAAUGGGGAGGUCUUCCUCAAGUACGACACCCCCUUCGUGUUCGCUGAGGUGAACAGCGACAAGGUGUACUGGCAGCGCCAGCCCAACGGCACCUUCACCGUGGUGCACGUGGAGGAAGGCGCCAUCGGGCGCCGCAUCAGCACCGUGGGGCCGGGCUCGGGGGCGCGCCUCGACAUCACCCACCUCUACAAGCACCCCGAGGGCUCAGCCGAGGAACGCCGCGCCGUCUCCACCGCCACCGCGCACGGCUCCCGGCCCCACCGCGCCGGCCCCGAUGGGGCUGGCAGUGGGGCCGGCAGCGGGGGGGAGGUGUCGCUGUGGGUCACGGCCGAGGAGGCGGUGGCCGGGGCCACGCUGGAGCUGCGGGCGCGGGCCCGCAACGAGGGGGCGGAGCCUCGGACCCUACGGCUCCGCCUGGCGCUCGCCGGCGUCACCUACACCGGCGUGACCGCGGCCGCCUUCCGGAACGAGCAGCACCAGCGCGUCAUCCCGCCCCAGCAGGAGGAGCUGAUCUCCAUGGCCGUGCCCUAUGGGGAGUACUCGGGGCACGUGGGGGCGGGGCAGGGGCUGCACCUCACGGCCGCCGGCGCCGUGGACGAGACCGGGCAGGUCCUGGCCAAGGAGCUGAGGGUGCGGCUGCACGUCCCGGAGCUGGGCCUCACGCUCCUGGCCGAGGCCGUUGUGGGUCAGGAGGCUCCGGUCCAGGCCCUUUUCCGGAACCCGCUGCCGCGGGCGCUGACGGGAACCGCGCUGCGCAUGGAGGGGGCGGGGCUGGCGUGCCCCAAACCGCUGCAGCUGGGGUGA